AUGCCACACAAAGGCGGCUCGACGGUAACCACCAGUCCAACAACUGAACCACGGCAAUCGGUCAUCGACGGGAAAACUUCUUCCACCGUCGUAUCAACACAAAGCACUCUGAUGCAAACGCCCCAAUUAACGGUGAUAUCAAGUAGCACCACACCGCCAACGGUGGAAGAUAUCAGCGCCACACCGAAUUUCUCACAGCCGACACUGCUUAACCAGAUAGCAGGCGGACAACAGAUGAUUUUCCAGACACCACCGUUUAACCAAAUUGCAAGCGAACAACCGGUGUUUUUCCAGACACCACCACUGAAUCAAAUGGUGAGAAACCAAACAACGGCUUUCCAAACACCUCCGUUCGCAACUAGCAUACCUUUCUUCACCACAAUCCCAUAG